GAACUGCUGGCCUUACCCAAACUACCUUACACUCUCCUCAAUCUUAAUCCAUUCUUAAUUUUACUUCGCUCCCUGGAUAAAUAGCGACAUCUUUUGAAAUGGUUUCCUGGGCAUUGAUCCUGAUACUUGUUGGACACAGCUUAGGGAGUGAAACCUCAACAGAACUCAGCCAUCUCCCCCACACCACAGAAUCUUUAGAGUCCCAUGAGAUAGCUAUCAAAAUUGAUGGUGAAGAAGGCAUUGGGACAGCUCCAGGAGCUAGAAGUCAAAGAACCACCAAUCUUGCAACCACUGAGAAUCCCCCAAAAGAAAUAAGUCUUGUUGGUUCAAAAAUCACAGACGAUUCUACUGAGGAAAGUAGCCAGAAAUUAGAGGACUGUCCAAUCUGCUUGGAUAAGUGCUCAGAGCCAUAUCCAAUCUUGAAAUGUACCCACUCUAUUUGCACUCCAUGCAUCAACCCAUGGUUAAAAAUAAAGCCUAGGUGCCCAGUUUGUCAAGCAGAAUUGGAUCAUGGAGUGGUCGUAAGCGCCGCACGGCCACAAGCAGACGAGUCAGCGAUGUUAAACAAUGAUGAAAUUCAUAAUGCAAUCAACAUGAUUGAGGUUGAGAAUCAACUUCGAAUUGACAACACAAAUUAUUUUCGUCGCAUGAGUAAGUAUGUGGCAUCAUUCGGAGUGGUCUUUGUGGUUGUGGUUAUUAUCAUAUUCCAAUACUUGAUCCCAUCCAUCAACUUCAGAAUUCAUCCGGAUGGUUAUCCUAAUUAUGCACCUCCUCCUGGCCAUCUAUAA